ACACAUUUAUUUUGUCAUGUUUACGUCCGGGUCCGUGUGGUAGUGUGGACUGUAGUAGUGAACAUGACAAAAUAAAUUUAUUUUGUCAUGGUAGUGAAGUGGACGUCUGUCAGCCUAUGGCCUGUGGCCCGAGUCUAUUAUAGUAUUAUUGCUGACGAAGCGAGAGAGAGGAUGAGAAGUCGUUCGCCGAAUGCCGACGCCGCCGCGAUUUCAGCGCUCUCGUCUCGCGGCGGAGGUUGACACGAUGUGAUAAUAAUCAUCAUCGUCACCGCGGCCGCCGCCGCCGCCACUGCUCACCAGUUACCACACACCGCUCACUCGUAAACAAUAUUGUUGUACACUAAUCGUACAUAAUAUUGUCAUAUCGUCCAUUUUUUCCUUCCCACUAUCUUAUAACCAGUUUUUCUCAGUGAUUUAUCGGAUAAUAAUAUUUAAUAUCUUUUCAUUUCGUUCCUAUUUUCGUCCGUCGCGUACCGCCGAUUGUCGGGCUGCGCGUACGGCACCAUCGGUCGUCCAUCCGGUAAAACCCACUGGAUCGCGAUCUAUUUCGCUUCUCGUGCUUGCCAGACUGCUGUCCGACAUUGUCAAUAUCAUUCGUGGACACCCGUCGUUUUGCACGUCCGUGUCACACCGCGCACUUGUGUCCUGCACGACCGUCUGAUUUUUCUCCAACUCGACCAAUAACGCACGUCCUCUGAUCCACUGCCGGGCCCGAACAGAACGGCCAAAACAUGUCUUCGUUGACUUCCAACGACGAUCUGAUGCAAAAGACUAUGUUGAUCAUCGAACACAAAAUCAGAAACCUGGAAAAACGCAAGGUUAAAUUAGAAGGAUACCUUCAACAACAAGAAGAAGGAGUUCAAUUGAGUGACGAUCAAUUACUAGCUGCAUCAAAGUUUAAUGAAGUAGUUAGUACUUUAGAUUUUGCAAGAAAUCUGAAAGACCAGUUAAAUACUCUUUUAAUAACAGCAAAACAAAAUAAAAAUAGUACAAAUGGUGAUAAGCUUCCUACCAAAGUUGAUAGUAAAAUCAAGCAGGUUUUAAAUUUUCAGAAUAUACUGGAAAGUAUUAAAGAUAAAACUGUGAAACAAGAUUUAUUAGCUGGUAAUAAUGGUGCAGUACAAUUAACAGAUGAUGAGCUCUCACAAUUGUCAUAUUUUUCUAAAAUGGUUUCACCAAAACGAAGAGUAGAAGAAGGAAAACCACUUUUUGAGGAUCAACUGAAGACUGUUUCCAAGCAUUACAUGAAGCUUAUAGAUAGUAAACCUAAUAUUGUAGCUGGUACAAGUUAUGCACAUUUAAAAGAAUGUUUGUUAAAAAUUGAAAAAAGUGGUUAUCUAAACAAUUUAGCAAAACUUAAACAUGCUGAUAAAGAAGUUAAUACUAUUAAUGAAGAUAAUAGCUUAGAAACCAAAAUACCUCAACAUAUUCACCAAUCAAUAGCUUCCAUAACUGAAGAUUCACCAGAUAAUAUACCAAUUUCUAGUAUUCCUAAUUUGGAUUUCACUCCAAAUAAAAUAGAAACAAUUUAUUUUACAAAUAAUAAUAUUGGUGGAAAUACAGUUGAACAAAACCUACAAAAAAGUAAAAACACCACAGAUUCAGUACUCAAUACAUCAUUUGACUUUUUACAAGAUUCUCAACUCGAGGAAGAUAUUAUAAGCAUUGAUCUGAAUUCCAUACCAACUCAAACAUUUUCUUCUUCUAUUUAUGCUAAUCAUGGACCAACAGAUGAUGCAAUUUUAAAAAUACUGUCUACUCCUCCACAACACCGGACUUUGGAAACAAAACAAAAUCAUUUAGAAAAUGUUGUAGAUGUAAAUACUUCUAACUCUAAUUCCUGGACAGGAAAAACUGAAGUAAACUGGCAAAGUAAAACCGAAUCAGGAGAUAGUAAUGAUUUACCUAGAGAAAGCUGGUCAAUGGCUCAAAUGAUAAAUAACAGCACAAAUAAUGACUGGCUCAUAAAAAACAAUUGGGUUCAAAUGGCUGAAGUAGAUAAACAAAACCAAUCACCAGCAGAACCAACUCAACCAUCACCAAAACAUUCCUCAUCUAAUUUCGGUUUAGUUACUAAUGGAUAUACAGAGAAUCUCGAUGAGUUAUUGCAAAAAUCAGUGGUUUUCAAUAAACAAGAAUCAUACCCUGUUACAACUUCCUCUAAUAAUUCAACAUAUUAUCAAACCAAUUACGGGCAGCAAUCGCUAGAACGUAAUAUUGGGCAUUAUACUAAUUCUAAUGGUAAUCCUAGGAGCCACUCAAAUGAUUUUAAUAAAAGAUCUACUUCCAUGAAACCUAAAGCUUCAUAUACAGGAGAAGGAGGACCAUCUCGAGGUUAUCAACAAGGCAACUCAUAUGUUUAUAAUAAUCGCUCUUAUAAAACCAAUAGCAAUACCAACACGAGUAAUGAUUAUUCCAGAAUCUCACAAACCAGAUGAAAAUCCAAAUUCAUACAAUUUAAUACCUUAUUUAAUAUUCUACUGUGGAAAUUUAACAGUACCUAUACAUUUUGUUUAUUAAA